UUUUUUUUCUUUUUUUUUUUUUUUUUUUUUUUUUUUUGACACAAAAAUAUCUUAGUAAAAAAGAGAAUAGAAAUUUUCCAUUAUCUUGAUCAUUAAAAAGAGCAAGGUCACGUAAAACAGUUCGUACGUUCGUAAGUUUAUUCGAUAUCGUUCGUUCGCGAUGAACGAUAAAAACGCUCUAAUGUAAUUUAAAAGAUUAAUAUAUUAAUCAUCCGCGUGGUACCCAAAACAAGUUGUGACUGUGACGACGACGACGACGACAACGACAACGACGUCGACGACGAUACAACGACAAUAACAAUAACGACGACGACAACGACGACGACGACGACGACGACGACGACGACGACGACAACGACAACGACGACGACGACGACGACAACGGUGGUGUUAGCAGAAGCAGUAGCAGCAAACGAUAGCGGGACAGCUGCGAUCGAAGGACAUGAAUAGGUGUGAGAGAGAAGGAGAUAGAAAUAAGAGUGUUCCGAGGAAAGCAAAAGGGAGAAGGCCAUAAACACACAAGAUUGGAACGUUUCUGCACUACUUCUAUAUCCUUUGUGUCUGGAUUGGAUAAAGGGAAACAUGUUAUUAAACGAUUGAAGAAGAGAAAUCAAAGUGUACAAGCAUAGAAUAAAAACAAAGGAAAUAUUAAGAUUGAUUAUUCCUAUCUUCUCUUUGCUUAAGGGAUAAGCAAGCAGGUGAUAUUUUAAGAAAGAUUUAUAGUUCUUAAAGGGAGUGUAAGCAACGAUUAAACGUAAUAGUGGUAAAUGCGGUGGUUGAAGGAGAGAUGGACCCAUCAAUGUUUGUUACUUACACCUCUCAAACGAAUGGAGUUCCAUUGGAGUCCAAACUUGCUACCUACAUGAAUCGUCAAAGUCCUGGGACAACGCUAAAUACUACUGUGGUAACAAAACAGCUGUCCAAUCUUUCUCUUGAUUCUCAAAAGAAAGUAACUGCCAGUCCAGAAUUUGUACCAGGAAGAGGUCUAACUGGUAGCAAUAGCAGUUCUCCUAAUCUUUUCAAUAAUUCUUAUCACUCUCAAGAGAAUGUAGGUGGUACAACUUAUUUUUAUCUUGGCAAUGCUGCCACAGAUGCUGUUGGAGGAGAAGAAGGAACUGAUGGUAUUACUACCAUAGGAACAGGCCAAGCAGGCUAUGUAUAUCCAGGUACACCAGCUCAUUUGCAACCAUCGAAGACUUCUUCAUCGAGUAACUCCUCUGCCCCUUCCACACCCCCACCACAAGCAGCUCCUAGCUUUUUUAUCAAUGAAACUAUAAGAAUCGACAUUCUUCAAAAAAAUGCAUUAGUAUUAGCUCAACCCGAUGUGGUGAGAUUUCCUGACCUGCCAAAUGAAGUAGACAAUUAUCAUGAGUUAUGCCCAUUGGAACCUAUUCAUAAACCGACUUCUACGGUACUUGGAUAUCAAACUUCAACGUACAAAGCAACAAGUAUAAAAAGCGGUACACGUUAUUGUUUACGCCGUGUUCAUGAUUUCAGACUCGCAAAUACCAAGUGUAUGGUUUUGGUUGAUAUGUGGAAGCGACUGGAGCACACUAAUUUAGUUCAAUUAAGAGAGGUCUUUACUACAAAGGCCUUUGGCGAUCAUUCCAUGGUAUUCGUAUAUGAUUAUCAUCCUGGAUCAGAGACGUUAUUAAACAAGCAUUUUUCUUCGAGCGGAUUGAAUGGCUAUACCGAUCCAUUUUCUUCAGAUCCCAAUGCUCCACGACCGUACAGUCAUACAAAAAAUACUAUUCUUAGACAACAACAUAGUAGUAUGCUUCCUGAAAGCAUUAUAUGGAGUUAUAUCAUACAACUUACUGCCGCGCUUCGUGUCAUUCACGCUGCUGGCUUGGCAUAUAGGUGUUUGGAUCCCACCAAAGUAUUACUAACGUCACGUACACGGCUUCGUUUGAGUUGCGUCGCUAUACCGGACGUUGUUACAUUCGAUGGAACCGCAACAAAUCCACUUACACUCAUACCUCAUUAUCAGCAAGAGGAUUUAAUAGCACUAGGAAAGUUGGUAUUGGCUUUAGCAUGUCGCAGUCUUCUUGCCGUCCAUCGCGACAAUAUGCAGGCCUCUCUUGAGCUGGUCGCACGUUCCUACUCAACCGAUCUUCGAAAUCUCAUAUUGUAUCUACUUUCAAAUCAAGCUCGAAGAAGUGUAACAGAUCUCAUGCCAAUGAUCGGAGCACGCUUUUAUACUCAAUUAGAUGCUGUUCAACUUAGGUCUGAUGUACUUGAAAAUGAACUUGCCAAGGAAUUAGAAAAUGGAAGAUUAUUUAAGCUAUUGGUUAAAUUAGCAACCAUCAAUGAAAGACCAGAAUUGAAUAUGGAACCUACUUGGGCAGAGACUGGUGAUAGAUAUAUGCUCAAAUUAUUUAGGGAUUAUGUUUUCCAUCAAGUAACUGCCGAUGGAAGACCUUGGCUGGACAUGGCACAUGUUGUGUCUUGCUUAAAUAAGCUUGACUCCGGAUCUCACGAUAAGAUAUGUUUGAUGUCACGGGAUGAACAAAGUGUAUUAGUUGUAAGUUAUGCAGAAUUACGACAAUGUUUGGAAACUUCGUUUGGGGAAUUAGUACAAUCUGCAAAAGAUGCUAUCUAGGUCAAUGAUUUUUUUUUAUUGGCCAGAUACAUACU